UGACUUUAUUAUAACAUAUUUAUGAACACAUUAAUGAGCCAGGUGGUGUUCGGCUGAGGAUUUGAGUUUUGAGAUGCGUGUUUUGUUUGGCUGUGUCGCCUUUAAUCGGUGCUGGGUGGAGGCUGUGAAACUCAGCGAAGCUGCCGAGUCCACACUGAAGAUAAACAGACCGAAAAUGGACAGAAGGUUAAUGUGAAUGGGAGAUUAAAAAACGGGUUAGACAACAAUGAACUGGUACGAGUCAGUCGGGUUACAUUUGAGUCCACACCUGUAGUGCUUGUGUUUGUAAGAGCUUCUGUGAAAACUAACCUGGAGGUUUGGAGGAACCCGAGGGUGUCGUCAUGUUGAAGGAUGUUCCGGAAAGUGAAAAAGCGGCACAGCAGCAGCAGCUCUCAGAGCAGUGAGAUCAGCACCAAAAGCAAGUCUGUGGACUCCAGUCUGGGAGGUCUGUCCAGAUCCAGCACAGUCGCCAGCCUUGACACCGACUCCACCAAGAGCUCAGGUAACAGUGCAUCUGACACCUGCGCUGAAUUCCGGGUCAAGUAUGUUGGAGUCAUCGAGAAGUUGCAGUUUGACAUGAGCAGGACUCUGCAGGAACCUCUGGACCUCAUCAACUACAUCGAUGCAGCUCAGCAAGAUGGAAGGCUACCCUUCGUCCCCGGAGACGAGGACAUGAUUCUGGGUGUGUCCAAGUAUGGAGUCAAACUGGCCUCUGCGGAUCAGUGUGACGUGCUGCAUCGACACCCUCUGUACCUGGUCGUCCGUAUGCUGUGUUACGACGACGGCCUCGGUUCAGGGAAGAACCUGCUGGCUCUGAAAACCACUGACACAAAACAGGAGGAAUGCAGCAUUUGGGUUUAUCAGUGCGGCAGCUCGGAGCAGGCUCAGUCUAUCUGUAAAGUGCUGUCGGCGUCGUUUGACUGCGCUCUGACGUCAGGCAAGUCCUGAGGACCGAGGUGGAGAAGAGCGGGAGAUUUGUCCCGAAGAAACGUGAAACAACUGCAAACUUAGCAACAGUGAGUUCAGACGAAACUCUACAGCUGCCAAAAAUGUGAUUUAUUUUUUUAAAUUACUUUUCUUGUCAUUCUUUUUACCCUCAUACCUGACUGAAAACCUAAUUCAAAAAGUGUUUCGCAUUUUUGCCAGUUUGCGCUGAGUGAUAAGAAACAAAAAAUCAUCGUGAAUUCCUUUAAAUACGUUUUUUUUUUUUUUUUUAUCUUUUAAACGGCACAAAAAAACAACAGUUGUUCGAGUAAAUAAUAUGGUACAACGGUGGAAAAAAAACGCGGAAUCGCUUAAAUUAUUCGUUAGUAUUAUUAUACAGUAUUUGGUUCGAGGAACAGUUUAUUUUUUUUAGCUUUCCCUCUUCUGUUCUUUUCUACAUCAGAUAUUUUCCGGUGUAAAAUAUUGCAACUCACCGCCGCCAAGCGAAGAGAAACUGCUGGGUGUCAUAGCAGGGUUAGCUUUGCUCAGGAUACGGACUCUCAAAACGGUACAUAUCAACGCGGUGCUAAUAGGCUAAGCGCCAACUCCUCGCUAAAAUACAGCUAACACCCUAAGCCAACAACGUAACACGUUAAGUGCUACGUGUCUUCAUAUUUUUGGAUUUCAUCAGUAACUUAUGUAGUAACUAAAUGUUUUACCCAGUUCUUUAUUGGAUUCGAAUUACAUGAAACAAUGCACAGGUUGCAGGGCUUUAUGAAGUAUUCUUAGCACCACCUACCGGCCAGGGAAGAAUAACAUGCUCAAUGCUGAGAUGGACAAAAACAUAUAUAUAUUUUAAAACUGCAUUAUUUUUUGUAUGUUGUGGUAAUGUCAGAUAUUCAGUUGUACGAAUACACAGUACAGUUUAAUGCACAUUAAAACCAAGAAGACGGUACAUGAAAUACUUUAACUGCCUCUUCAGACAUAUCCGACUUAUUUUUAUUAAUUUCAAUAACGUUUUACCACUCAUUUACUCUUUUUCUCUGUAAAAGUACCAAACGCUCAAUGUAUUUGUUGCAGUACAUAUCUUUUCAGGUACACGGUUUUUGACAGCAGAAUAAACCUAAUCAGUUGUUUUAAUGCUUGAAGUGAUCUACAUUUGUCAUUUUAAACUGGACUUGGUUCUGUACAUACAGGUCAACCUGCCUUUUCAAUGUUCCAGUAAAGACAGUUCGACAGUGUGUUCUCUGGUACAAUAAAGUAUACGUUUACCACUAAAGUA